UUCUCCUCAAACCCUAACCCCUAGAAAACGCUAAACCCUCUCCUCCUCGGCGGCGGCGGCGGCGGCUCAAGCUCCUCGUCCACUCGGCAACAUGAGGCCACCUCGAGGACGUGGGGGUGGCGGCAGGGGAUUCGGGGGUAGAGGCGAUGGCUUCGGCCGCGGCGGUGGCGGUAGGGGAUUUGGGGGGAGAGGCGGGAGAGGGGACAGGGGUGGGAGAGGUGGAGGCGGUGGCAGGACGCCAAGGGGCCGCGGCGGUCGCGGCGGUGGUGGCAUGAGGGGCGGGAGCAAGGCGGUCGUGGUGCCGCAUAAGCACGACGGCGUCUUCAUCUCCAAGUCCAAGGAGGACGCGCUCUGCACCAAGAACAUGGCUCCCGGCGAGUCCGUUUACGGCGAGAAGCGCGUCUCCAUCCAGAACGAGGAUGGGUCAAAGGUUGAGUACAGGGUGUGGAACCCCUUCCGUUCCAAGCUGGCUGCUGCUGUGCUUGGCGGUGUUGACAACAUCUGGAUUGCUCCUGGUACUCGUGUGCUUUAUCUUGGCGCUGCCUCAGGUACAACGGUGUCUCAUGUGUCUGAUAUUGUUGGACCGACUGGGUUGGUCUAUGCUGUUGAGUUCUCUCACAGGAGUGGACGUGACCUUGUCAAUAUGGCAAAGAAGAGGACCAAUGUGAUUCCCAUUAUUGAGGAUGCUAGGCACCCGGCAAGGUACCGGAUGUUGGUUGGCAUGGUUGAUGUUAUCUUCUCGGAUGUUGCACAGCCAGACCAGGCUAGGAUCUUAGCUCUUAAUGCCUCGUACUUCCUGAAGAAUGGUGGUCAUUUUGUCAUUUCAAUCAAGGCGAAUUGUAUCGACUCCACCAUGCCUGCAGAGGCCGUCUUUGCCGCUGAAGUAGAUAAGCUGAAGGCCGAUCAGUUCAAGCCGUCGGAGCAGGUGACCCUGGAGCCCUUCGAGCGUGACCACGCCUGUGUGGUUGGUGGUUACAGGAUGCCCAAGAAGCAAAAGUCCACGUCCUAAGUUAUGGUGUUUUGUGCAUCAAAUCCAUGCCUUUAUCCAAGUGCGUUAGUGUUUUGUUGUAACAGCUAUUUGAAACUGACGCUGCGUUUACAGCAACCUGGUUUUUGUUAAACUUUGAGUAGAACUGGUUGAGUCAUGAUGAUAGUGCGUUGCGGUUCAGCUUCUGGGCGCACCGGCUGUUCA